CAAUCCCGCCGCGCGAUGAUGCGCCGCGGACAGAAAUAGACUCCGAGAGGCUCGAGUCGAGGCUGCAGCGCUGUGUGCUUUCCAUUGGAUUGCGGUGUCUUUAAACACUUUCCCCCUGAUCAUUUAUUUUGCAUUUCCACAAAAUGGUCAUUAAAGUCUUCCUGGCAUCCUCCUCUGGAUCUACGGCGAUCAAAAAGAAACAGCAAGAUGUUGUCGGGUUUCUUGAGGCCCUUAAAAUCGAUUACGCACAGCUUGACAUUGCUUCAAACGAGGACAACCGGAUGUGGAUGAGGGAAAAUGUCCCUGGAGAAAAGAAGCCCACCAAUGGAAUUCCUCUUCCUCCACAGAUUUUCAAUGAGGAGAUGUAUUGUGGGGACUAUGACACAUUCUUUGAAGCCAAAGAGGACAACUCAGUUUAUGAAUUUUUGGGUCUGACACCUCCACCGGGAUCUAAGGAGGCACAACAAGCUGAAAAUGUACAAAAGCUUCAUAAUGGAUCUGGCACAGAGGAACAUCUUGAUGAUGACACAACAAAAAAAGAACUCGUAGAGGCUGAGCAGAAUGGAGAUGCACACACAGAAGACGAUCCAGGCAAGAAGGCAGAGACUGAUGCUCAAGAAGAGAACGUUGAAGAAGAGGAACCGGCAGAAGAAGAUGAAGAGAGUAGAAAUGUAGCUGAGGAGGAAGAGCAGGAGGAAGGAGAAGAGGACAGGGCAAAAGAUGGUUUGGUGUCUGAGGAGGAAGAAGAACUCAGAGAGCUUGAGGAGGAAGAGGAACAAGCUUCAGAGGAAGACUAGUGCUCUGAAGUGGAGGAUUUUGGACCUGGAUUUUCACACGCAGCUUGAAGUGACACCCCACUUGCCCUGGAGCCAUCAAAAAUCACCCACAAAUACCUUCACCGCAGCUUUGCCCAAACCAGAUGUGACACCACUGCACUGCAGAAUAUGCACUCAGGACCCCAACUUCAAGCCCCCAUGAUAACUCUGCCUUUUUGAGGUUGCAAAAUGCCUUUUUACACCAAAGUUGCUUGAGUUGCUUCAUCUUAAGUGGCAAGUUUCAAGUGAAUUUAAAAGGAUGUGUUUUUCUUACUGUACAUAUAGAAAAUAGCUUAUUGUACUACUUUUAAAACUAAUAUUUUGUGACUUUAUUCUAUAGAAUCCCAAAUAGUUGUGCCAAACCACUCAAAUGUGCCAAACUAAUACUUACAAAUACCUCUCUGUGUGUCUUAUAUUGUUCAGUAAGUACACUACCAGUCAUUUUUUGGACACUUUGCCACAGUGCUAAAUGCUAAAAGUAGACUGAACUUAUAGGAAAUUAAUAGUUAUGAACUUUCAGAUGGUUGGAGAAUAAUCUCAUAUGUUAGCUAAUUGCAUAUGAAAUGAGGGAAGUUUUUUGUUUACUUAUAAUAGUAAUAAUUAGUGCUGUCAAACGAUUAAUCGCAAUUAAUUGCAUCCAAAAUAAAAUAUUUAUAUUUAAUAUAUUUAACACAUUUCUCUUAAAUAUAUA